AGUCGUUCACUCGUCGCCGACUUGAUCGGUCGAUUUAGUAGGUAUAAUAAAUUUUAAAAGUGAUAAAGACAGUUUGUGAUAAACUGCAGUGCAGUUCUUUUCGUUUGUUUUCUCACAUCACACAUAACAAUUAAACUGAAACAAUGGCCCCCCCGGGUAUCGGGAAUUCGGUGGAGAUCCGCCCCGAGGCGACAGCGUCGGCAGAGACGAGCAGCAGCAACGGAGUUGCUACAUUCCAAAAGGACAUCGUCAUUUUGGAUGGGGGCUUUGCUACUCAAUUAGGCUGCCACGUCCAACAACCGAUUGAUGGAGACGUCCUGUGGAGUUCCAGGUUCUUGGCCACCAAUCCAGAGGCUGUUAUUGAUACUCACUUAGAUUUUCUUAGAGCUGGUGCUGAUGUAAUUAUUACUAACACAUAUCAAGCAGACGUUAACUUGUUUGCCACUCACUUAAAUAUGACCAAAGAAGAAGGAUACAAUUUAAUUAAAAAAUCAGUGGAGAUGGCCAAAACAGCUGUAGAAAGAUAUUUAAAAGAAUAUCCAGAAGCAAGAAAACCUCUUAUAGCUGGUUCAGUGGGCCCCUACGGAGCUUCUCUACAUGAUGGUUCGGAAUAUACAGGAGCCUAUGCGAAAACUACUUCGGCAGAAACAAUGAGAGAAUGGCAUGGACCCAGAAUAAAAGCCUUAGUGGAAGGAGGGGUGGAUCUCUUAGCAAUUGAAACUAUUCCGAAUGCAAUUGAAGCUGAGAUGUUGGUUCAGUUGAUAAAAGAAGAAUAUCCUAAUGUUAAAGCGUGGCUUGCUUUUAGUGUAGCGCAAGACGGAAAAUCGAUCGCCUACGGUGAAGACUUCAAAACAAUAGCCCGGAAAUGUUAUGACUCCAAUCCAGAGCAAUUAGUAGCCGUAGGAAUCAACUGCACGGCCCCACGACUAAUCGAACCCCUUCUCACCGGGAUAAAUGAUGAUAGAAAAGACAACCCCCGACCACUUAUUGUCUACCCUAACAGCGGAGAAAGUUACAACGUCGAACUGGGGUGUGAUUCCAGAUGGUUUAACCGAGAAAACUGCGAGCCAGUAGACGCAAACAUUCACAAAUGGUUAGAUCUGGGAGUCACCUGGGUAGGAGGCUGCUGUAGAACGUACGCCAUGGAUGUCACAAGAAUAAGCGAUCAAGUGAAGUUAUGGAAGGAGAAACAUUAGCUGAAUUUGUCCUUUAUGUUUUUAUUUUUAUUUUUAAUAAAGUAAAUUCCCACUAAUUGUAAAAAAUAUUUUAAAAAUAUUUUUUAGGUCGACAAAAAUAUUUGUUUUUACCAGCUGUAAAAAGUUUUGAGAGAACUGUUUUAUUAUUAUACCUUGUAUUAUUAUUUUCGUCCAAUUUCUUUAAAAAAAAUGAAAAUUGACAAUCAGAAAUAAUUAUAAAAAGGAGAUAGAAUUUUUGUAUUGUAAUGAUUUUAUUGAUAAUAAUGUUAGUUUUUUUUAAUUUCUCCUGGAAAUAAAUCACAAAUUGUCGUUGCCACUAUAAAAUCGAAGACAGAUUUCAAUGUACAGAUUUUAGAAUAAUAAAUAUUGUUUCUUUAAGUCGAAAAAAAAAAAUCUAAUUCU